CUCCCCCUCCCUCUCCCCAUUCUCUCUCUAGAAUUCUACUGCUAGACCUCUACUGUAUCUUCAGUUAUUCACGAACGUUGAGCAACCGGUUUCGUAAAAAUGCCAGGUUCAGUUUCCUUUCUGAAGCAGUUACGUGGAAGAGAGGCUUGGAAAUCAACAUCCAGCAGGUGGGGUGGGACAAACAAGUAUAGUGCUGGUGGGAGCUGUGGUAAUGGCGGAUGUGAGGAAAGUCUGAAGCAAAUGGAAGGCUUGAACAUGUAUGGAGGAGGUGAUCAUCAGAAUGCAGGUGGGUCCUCGGUAACGAGGAAGAGAGUGAUGGUGGUGGUGGAUCAGAGCUCACAUUCCAAGCAUGCAUUGAUGUGGGCACUCAACUACGUAGCCAACAAGGGUGAUUUUCUCACUCUCCUUCACAUCGUUCCUGCAGCUGCUUCUAGUAAGGGUUCUGAAAGGGCCUCUCAUGAGUCCUCUUCUUGUUCUCCUUACCUGGCCAACUCUCUUGGCUCUCUUUGUAAGGCUUGCAGGCCUGAGGUGGAAGUAGAAACACUGGUUAUUCAAGGCCCAAAACUGGCAACAGUGAUGAGCCAAGUGAAGAAGCUGGACGUGUCUGUGUUGGUGCUGGGUCAGAAGAAGCCAUCUCUAGUAAUCAGCUGCCUAUGUGGGACCAGCAGCACAGAAGAGUUUGUGGAGCGGUGCAUUAACAACGCGGAGUGCUUGACUCUGGGAGUAAGGAAGCAGAGCCGAGGCAUGGGUGGCUACCUAAUCAGCACCAGAUGGCAGAAGAACUUCUGGCUCUUGGCUUAAGUAAUUAUUAUGUCAUAAAUUAACAUUAAUAUAUACGAGAAGGUAGCAUCUAAUAUUAGCUGCCCAACUUAAUGCCCUGUAACUGCUAACCUACUAGAUCAUUGAUCUUGGUUUCUGAUAGAUCCUUUGUUUGUGGAUGAUUUAGAUAUCAAAGAUCUAUUGACAUAUAAAUGAGUCAUAAGGUCGGAUUUGAAUUCAAGAAUCACUCUAA